GUCUCUACUCGGCUCUGGCCGCCAGGGGGCGUGCGGCUGCGGCUCCCGGACUCGCUGGGAGGAGGCGGGGGCCGCGGGGAAAGAGGUGACUAGAUGCCGCUCGCGCCGGCUACCGCCGCAGCGCUGAGCCUCCCCCCGGGUACUGCGGUGCAGGUGGGUGCCAGGCAGCGGCUCCUUCUCAACCUCGUUCCGGCCUUACAGUCUCCUGGGCAAUGGAGGCGCAGCAGGCACAAGGUCUGCUGGAAACACAGCCAUUGCACGAGACAGAUGAAGAAACUGUCACUGAUAUUGAUUUCACAAGUAUGAUUUCUGAAGAAGAGAGAGAAGAAUUAAAGAUUGAGCUAGCCAAGCUAGAGGAUGAAAUUUCAACUUUACGGCAAGUGUUAGCAGCCAAAGAAAAGCACCUGGCAGAAAUCAAACAAAAGCUUGGUAUCAACCUGAUGAAUGAGCUGAAACAGAACUUUAGCAAAAGCUGGCACGACAUGCAGACGACUUCUGCUUACAAGAAAACACACGAAACUCUGAGCCAUGCAGGACAGAAGGCAACAGCAGCCAUCAGCAAUGUAGGAACAGCCAUCAGCAAGAAAUUUGGAGAUAUGAGGAAUUCUCCAACUUUCAAAUCAUUUGAGGAGAAGGUUGAGACCACUGUCACCAGCCUGAAGACAAAGGUUGGAGGGACAAGCCACAGUGGGGGGAGUUUUGAAGAAGUUCUCAGUUCUACUGCCCACGCCAGCGCUCAGGGCUCUAUCACAGGCACGCCGCUUCCUGAGAAUGAGGAGGAACUUCAGUGUUAGACUGUAGCCUCUACUGGCCAUCUGUAUCCGACCUGGUGAGACUUAUCCCCAUAGUGUUUUCUAUGCUUCCUUUCCACAUCCACCUUGAGACACGUGGCUUUGUAACUUCUUGAAAACAGCUUCACCCAUGUCAUACUGUAGUCAUUCUUCCAAAUGUAUUGGUAUUUUUACUAGGCCAUUUUUACCAUUAAGCAUUUUUAUACUCCAUAGAAAUGGCACACACAUCAUCAUUUCUUAAUGUUCCAAUUUCUAUAACGCAACCAAACAGUUCUUGCUUUAUGGUAUUUUUCCUGCAAUUCACUUCACACCUCUGGUCCAGUUAAUUUUUUUUUAUGUAUUUAAAGGACUGAAUCUGUUUUUAGUAUACAUGUUUCUACUGAUUAUGUAACCCCUCUCUGUGCCACAGCAGACAGAUGGGUCUAGGACUGUACAAGGAUUUCUGUUGCCAGCAAUAGUCUGUCACCAGCUGUCCACCAAACUAUACUAGUGUCUUUUACUGAGCAUACAGACAUGACCUGAGCUGCUUAAGGAGUCAGUCAAUCAUUUGUUGUUACACUGAUGUCUCUAGUCCUUUGUCACUUCCACAGUCUCUUUGAAUUUCCUCCCCUAGAGAGGAACCCAAUUAUUCAGAUGCAAACUAAGUUGAUCAGUUACUGUCCCACAGCAGGAAACGCUACAGUUGAAAAACAUGUUCUGUUACUUGCUGUUUGAUGCUGGGACCCAAUUUCAGUAUUAAACCAACAAACACAAACUGUACCUGUUUGCCGCCAUACCAUCUCCUUAGUCAUAUAUUAAUCUUACCUUCUGACUUGUGUGAGCCUCAUUAGAGUUGGAGCCUUGAGAGAAUCUGUAUACAACAACUCAAUAAAGAUGUGCCAUGCCUUUAGUUUACA